AGAGUUCGCUUAUACUUGUAUUAUUGUGGGGACAAAUUAAUGCAAAUGUUUUACAAAAUAAUAUACACAAUGAGAGCACAGUAUUAUAUAGCUCUUCAGAAGCGGGACUAUUAAAACUGUUGGAAAUGGAGCAAAACUUUAUGGAGAAUAUAAAGUCGUACACGAAUAAAAUGGCCGAGAAAGUGGAAAAUCUGCAAGCAUACAUUGCCUCGGUUGAUUAUGGGUUCAAAGAAAAUCUACAAGAUCGAGAAAAAUAUGUGAGUAAUCCGUUGAAUGCAUUUAGUCUAGUAAGACGCACACAUCAAGAUUUACCAAAGUGGCAUAAUUACUCACAACAAAUUAUGGGAAUCGAGGAACUGUAUGCCUUAGAAGAAAUCGUAGCAAAGUCUCCGGAUAAAGCGGACAUGGAGUAUAUCUUAAAUAAAAUAAAUGCUUUGGAAAAUACUUACGAUCUAGAGGCCACGGAUUUAGCAAGAGGUCGUAUACUGGACAAGCAAAAAUUAGUUCUGAGAAAAUCGAUGAAUAUGGUAACCAAGCCAAGGAAGCCAGGUCAAAAGAAAUAUUGACCAACAAAUUUUAAACAGAUUGCACAAGCCUUUUUGAAAAAGUUUCAUCACAAUUAUGUAGUUAAUACGCAUAUAUUCUUAAUAAAGCCGUUUUAGAAUUUUUUAAGAGAGAA